AGACGCAGACGCAGAGGUCGAGCGCAGGCCGAAAGCUGUUCACGGUUUUCUCGACUCCCGGGAACAUGGUGGGAUUGCCUUUCUGCGCCGGUUCGGGAGUUGUAAAACCUCGGCGACAUUAAGAUCUGAAAACUGUGAUGCGUCCUUUCUGCAGCGACGCCUCUCUCUGAAUCUGCCCGGAGCUGCGAGCCCCGGCGUCUGUCCCUCUGCCUGGAAUGGCUUCUUCGGGGUCUGCUUUGCCGGGGGAGAGGGGCCACGCAGCGGCCGACUUGGUUUGGGGAUUCUCUGUAAUGGACCCGGAGCAAUGACUAGCAACUGCUCCCUCUCACUUUCCCACAGACAUCACCCUCUAACACCCUCCGCCCAUUCGCGGCCCCGUGCGUGACAAGGUCGGCAGCUUUCAGCCGGGAGCUAGACCGGUGCCCCGCUCUUCGAAGCCUUAGCAGGCGUUCGCCAAUGGGAGCCAUUCCGUAGUGCCAUCCCGAGCAACGCACUGCUGCAGCUUCCCUGAGCCUUUCCAGCAAGUUUGUUCAAGAUUGGCUGUCAAGAAUCAUGGACUGUUAUUAUAUGCCUUGUUUUCUGUCAAGACACCAUGAUUCCUGGUAACCGAAUGCUGAUGGUCGUUUUAUUAUGCCAAGUCCUGCUAGGAGGCGCGAGCCAUGCUAGUUUGAUACCUGAGACGGGGAAGAAAAAAGUCGCCGAGAUUCAGGGCCACGCGGGAGGACGCCGCUCAGGGCAGAGCCAUGAGCUCCUGCGGGACUUCGAGACGACGCUUCUGCAGAUGUUCGGGCUGCGCCGCCGCCCGCAGCCUAGCAAGAGUGCAGUCAUUCCGGAUUACAUGCGGGAUCUUUACCGGCUUCAGUCUGGGGAGGAGGAGGAAGAGCAGAUCCACAGCACUGGUCUGGAGUAUCCUGAGCGCCCGGCCAGCCGCGCCAACACCGUGAGGAGCUUCCACCACGAAGAACAUCUGGAGAACAUCCCAGGGACCAGUGAAAGCUCUGCUUUUCGUUUCCUCUUUAACCUCAGCAGCAUCCCAGAGAAUGAGGUGAUCUCCUCUGCAGAGCUUCGGCUCUUCCGGGAGCAGGUGGACCAGGGCCCUGAUUGGGAACGGGGCUUCCACCGUAUAAACAUUUAUGAGGUUAUGAAGCCCCCAGCAGAAGUGGUGCCUGGGCACCUCAUCACACGACUACUGGACACGAGACUGGUCCACCACAAUGUGACACGGUGGGAAACUUUUGAUGUGAGCCCUGCGGUCCUUCGCUGGACCCGGGAGAAGCAGCCAAACUAUGGGCUGGCCAUUGAGGUGACUCACCUCCAUCAGACUCGGACCCACCAGGGCCAGCAUGUCAGGAUUAGCCGAUCGUUACCUCAAGGGAGUGGGAAUUGGGCCCAGCUCCGGCCCCUCCUGGUCACCUUUGGCCAUGAUGGCCGGGGCCAUGCCUUGACCCGACGCCGGAGGGCCAAGCGUAGUCCUAAGCAUCACCCACAGCGGGCCCGGAAGAAGAAUAAGAACUGCCGGCGCCACUCGCUCUAUGUGGACUUCAGCGAUGUGGGCUGGAAUGACUGGAUUGUGGCCCCACCAGGCUACCAGGCCUUCUACUGCCAUGGGGACUGCCCCUUUCCACUGGCUGACCACCUCAACUCAACCAACCAUGCCAUUGUGCAGACCCUGGUCAAUUCUGUCAAUUCCAGUAUCCCCAAAGCCUGUUGUGUGCCCACUGAACUGAGUGCCAUCUCCAUGCUGUACCUGGAUGAGUAUGAUAAGGUGGUACUGAAAAAUUAUCAGGAGAUGGUAGUAGAGGGAUGUGGGUGCCGCUGAGAUCAGGCAGUCCUUGAGGAUAGACAGACAGAUAUACACACACACACACACACACCACACAUACACACACACACACACACAUUCUCAUCCACUCACCCACACACUACACAGACUGCUUCCUUAUAGCUGGACUUUUAUUUAAAAAAAAAAAAAAAAAAAAAAGGAAAAAAAGCCCUAAACAUUCACCUUGACCUUAUUUAUGACUUUACGUGCAAAUGUUUUGACCAUAUUGAUCAUAUAUUUUGACAAAAUAUAUUUAUAACUACGUAUUAAAAGAAAAAAAUAAAAUGAGUCAUUAUUUUAAAGGUAAA